GUGGUAUCAUCAAUGCGCUAGGUAUCAUCAAUGCGCUAGGUGGCAUCAUCAAUGCACUAGGUUGUAUCAUCAAUGUGCUAGGUGGCAUCAUCAAUGCGCUAGGUGGUAUCAUCAAUGUGCUAGGUUGUAUCAUCAAUGCACUAGGUGGCAUCAUCAAUGCGUUAGUUGGUAUCAUCAAUGCGCUAGGUGGUAUCAUCAAUGCUCUAGGUGGUAUUAUCAAUGCGCUAGGUGGCAUCAUCAAUGCGCUAGGUGGCACCAUCAAUGCGCGCCAGAGGUCAAGAUGGAAUGACACGUUUUCGAAUAAUACAUCUUGUGUGGCGGAGUUCGUAGUGUUGAUACUGCUUAUUGGUAUCAUCAAUGUGCUAGGUGGUAUCAUCAAUGCGCUAGGUGGUAUCAUCCAUGCGCUGGGUGGUAUCAUCAAUGUGCUAGGUGGCAUCAUCAAUGCGCUAGGUGGUAUCAUCAAUGCACUAGGUGGUAUCAUCAAUGCGCUAGGUGGUAUCAUCAAUGCGCUAGGUGGUAUUAUCAAUGCGCUAGGUGGUAUCAUUAAUGCGCUAGGUGGUAUCAUCAAUGCGCUGGGUUGUAUCAUCAAUGCGCUGGGUGGUAUCAUCAAUGCGCUAGGUGGUAUCAUCCAUGCGCUGGGUGGUAUCAUCAGUGUGUUAGAUGGCAUCAUCAAUGCGCUAGGUGGUAUCAUCAAUGCACUAGGUGGUAUUAUCAAUGCGCUAGGUGGUAUCAUUAAUGCGCUAGGUGGUAUCAUCAAUGCGCUGUUUUGUAUCAUCAAUGCGCUGGGUGGUAUCAUCAAUGCACUAGGUGGUAUCAUCAAUGUGCUAGGUGGUAUCAUCAAUGCGCUAGGUGGUAUCAUCAAUGCACUAGGUGGUAUCAUCAAUGCACUAGGCGAUAUCAUCAAUGCGCUGGGUGGUAUCAUCAAUGCACUGGGUGGUAUCAUCAAUGUGCUAGGUGGCAUCAUCAAUGCGCUAGGUGGUAUCAUCAAUGCGCUGUUUUGUGGUAUUAUCAAUGCGCUAGGUGGUAUCAUUAAUGCGCUAGGUGGUAUCAUCAAUGCGCUGUUUUGUAUCAUCAAUGCGCUGGGUGGUAUCAUCGAUGCGCUAGGUGGUAUCAUCAAUGCGCUAGGUGCCAUCAUCAAUGUGCUAGGUAGUAUCAUCAAUGUGCUAGGUGGUUUCGUCGAUGCGCUAGGUGGUAUCAUCAAUGCGCUAGGUGAAUCAGCAAUGCGCUGGGUGGUAUCAUCAAUGUGCUAA